AGGAAACCGACUGACGAGGACAAGGACGCAACGGCGAAGGACUUGGCAGAUUGGAAGAAGUAUGACACCCACUGUCAAAAAGUCAUCAUACAGACGGUAGAUAAGAAGGUGCUGGUGCACCUGAUGACUUGCGGCUCGGCGCACAAAAUGUGGAGUGUGAUCCUGAACCGUUUUGAUCAAGACACAGAGGAAUACAGGUGCAAGCUGUUGGAAGACUUCUUCAACUUUAAAUAUGAAAGAGGUGACGAUAUCAUGACGCAUGUAAGUAAAAUUGAAAAUCUGUACACAAAUCUGAGUGCAGUCAAUGGUAAAAUCUCUGAAGAAAUGCUUCAGACGAAGAUAAUUUCCACCUUACCCCCAAGUCUGAGUAUUGUUUCGACUUCUUGGGAUUCAACCGAUAAAAAUAAAAAGACCUUAACGAACUUGAAGUCCAGAUUGUUGAUAGAGGAAUUAAGGCGUAAAGGAAACAAUAAAGAGGAGCCAGUUGCUUACAACACUUACGAAGGAUCUAGUUCCUCAAGUAAAAAUAAAAGUGAUAGAUCCUGCGUUUUUUGUAAAAAAUCAAACCUGAUUACUGUAGAAAGAAGAAAAAUAAAAAUAAAAAUGGGGAAAAACCAAACCAAAUAAUUGAUAAGUUUUGUAACAUUUGCAAAACAAUGAACAGUCAUGUUUACAGUAAGUGUUCCUUUCGUGAAAAAAAUAAAACUAGGAAAAGCGAAGCAGCGGUAGUGGUUUUCAUGGGCAUUGAAAGUCACCCUAAUAGUAACAUGUCGGAUUUUUGGGUAAUAGACUUGGGGGCUUCAAAACACUCAAUUAAUGACAAAAAUCUAUUUUUCACACUAGAGUUAGGUGAUGUUGAGAUUUCAGUCGCAAAAGAAAAUGUUAACAUGAA